GUGACAAGACCCGCAUAAAACGAAGUUCUGUUUGAUUUGGAUUCCCUCCUCCGCCUUCAUUUUGUUGCUUCUGCUUCCUUUGUUCACUUCCCUCUGCUCAGCACAAAUCCACACUAUCUUUCUCCCAUAUCAAAUAACAGUAACAAACACUUCCCAAAUACGAGAUGGCAGGUAACAAACGUAAGAGAGCACACAAACCCAAUAGCUCCGCCCCCGAAACCCUAGACCUCGCCAUCCCCGCUCCCUCCCCUGCCCUCGUCACCGCAACCGCUGCUGUCGCGCCUAAUUCCGCCGCCAACGCUGCCUCAAUGGAGGACGUCUUUUCCGUCGGCAACGUCGAGCUCAUCGACAACACCGCCUCUCCCCGCGUUCGCCGCGCCCGUGGCCGCCCAAGAAAGCUCCCCGUUCACUCCGAAAAACCUCUAUCUCUUGCGACGGGGCGCCGCCUUGUCCGUCCACUGGACAAAGGAGACUUCUCGGUUCCCGGCGACGCCGGAGUGUCCACUUUGGUGGCGAUGGAGGUGGACAAGGGGUGGGAAGCGCGGGUGAUUCCGGAGAUGGACUCCGUGGUAAAGGUGUUUUGUGUCCACACGGAACCGAAUUUUUCGCUGCCGUGGCAGCGGAAGAGACAGUACAGCUCGAGUAGUAGCGGGUUUGUGAUUGGCGGGAGAAGGGUUCUGACUAAUGCGCAUUCGGUGGAACACUACACACAGGUCAAGCUCAAGAAACGUGGCUCUGAUACUAAGUACUUGGCCACUGUGCUUGCCAUUGGAACCGAAUGUGAUAUUGCCAUGCUUACAGUGGAUGAUGAUGAGUUCUGGCAAGGGAUGUCACCUGUUCAGUUUGGGGAGUUGCCGGCACUUCAAGAUGCGGUAACUGUUGUGGGCUACCCAAUUGGUGGAGAUACUAUCUCGGUGACCAGUGGUGUUGUAUCACGCAUUGAGAUUCUAUCUUAUGUUCAUGGUUCUACAGAGCUUUUAGGUUUACAGAUAGAUGCUGCUAUAAAUUCUGGCAAUUCUGGAGGACCUGCAUUUAAUGAUAAAGGAAACUGUGUGGGGAUUGCAUUUCAGUCCCUUAAGCACGAAGAUGCGGAGAAUAUAGGUUAUGUCAUUCCAACACCAGUUAUCAUGCAUUUCAUCCGGGAUUACGAGAAGAAUGGAGGCUACACUGGGUUCCCUAUUCUAGGGGUUGAGUGGCAGAAAAUGGAAAACCCUGAUCUGCGAAUGUCAACUGGCAUGAGACCUGACCAGAAAGGUGUGCGCAUUAGAAGGAUUGAUCCUACUGCUCCAGAAUCCAAGGUUUUGAAGCCAUCAGAUGUUAUCCUUAGUUUUGAUGGGAUUGAUAUUGCCAAUGAUGGAACAGUUCCAUUUCGACAUGGAGAGCGCAUUGGCUUCAGUUAUCUCAUCUCACAGAAAUAUACUGGGGAUAAUGCAGCAAUUGAAGUAAUGCGAAAUGCGAACAUUUUAAAAUUUGACAUUAAACUCGAAACUCACAGAAGGCUUAUUCCAUCACAUAGCAAGGGCAAGCCUCCCUCGUAUUAUAUAAUUGCUGGAUUUGUUUUUACAACAGUUUCAGUUCCAUAUCUUCGUUCUGAGUAUGGAAAGGAUUAUGAAUAUGAAGCUCCAGUAAAGCUUUUGGAUAAAUUGCUGCAUUCAAUGCCACAAUCACCAGAUGAACAACUUGUUGUGGUCUCUCAGGUGCUCGUGGCUGAUAUCAACAUUGGAUAUGAAGAUAUUGUUAACAUCCAGGUCCUCGCUUUCAAUGGUAAACCAGUGAAAAACCUGAAGAGCUUGGCCACUAUGGUAGAGAGCUGCAAUGAUGAAUAUCUAAAAUUCGAUCUAGAUUAUGAUCAGAUAGUGGUCCUUCGCACAAAGACUGCAAAAGCAACUACUCUUGAUAUUCUUGCAACACACUGUAUUCCAGCAGCGAUGUCUGAUGAUCUUAAGUUAUGAUAUGUGGUAGUAGAUUAUGCAUCAUGAUCUCAAGUAAUUAUAUACAUUAAUCUGGUAACAAUGAUACAGAUGCGUAGGCUUGACCUAAAUGGUAGUGAUAGUAAUAUUUUGUUCAAUUGCUAAUACCUGUCGGGACUCUCGUGGUUCCGCAUUUUGAAAGGGGAUGAGAGAUAGAGUAAGCAGGAUUUACAUUAAAAUUUAUUAUCUUCUGAUACAUUGGUUUUUCUCAAAUUUUGAGGGAACUUAGAGAUGUAAAGAGUCAUUAGUUUCACCUGUGGGACAUAUACCAGAGCAGGCAACGCAAAAUAAAAACUAAAUAUUAGCGGCGUAGUUCCAAAACAAUAUAGUGCAUGUUUGGUUUUUCUUCAUUUAAAACAGAAAAAAUAUUAUAGCUUCUGCAUCUUAUAUAUUAUCUUGACGUGCUUUUUCUUGUUAACUUACAUCCUCAAUGGAAUGCAAAACAUACUAUAAGUAAAGAUGGCAAUGUGAAUUGGUCCGAUCCAUUUAGAUUUGUCCUGCAGUUAUCUCGCAAAAAGCAGGUUAGGUGGGCAGACCCGCAGUGAUUUAUAAUGUUGUGAAAUUGGUGCAGUUGUUUGGUGAGUUAUGCUUUGUCUCUUAUCUCCUCUAUUGUGCAUAUGAUUUUGUUUUUGUUAAAUAUCAUCCGAGAAAGAAAUUAUCCUCAGUUUUGGACACUCUUAUGAUUUAGAUAUGUUUCGAACAAUAAUUUCUCUAAGAUAAGCUUAAGUUUUCUUCUAAAGUCAUUGUUCACUUGAAUUUCUUGGUUGAAUUUAUUGCGUGUUAUUUUAGAAUCUGUAAUUAAGUGGGAUGAGUUUCACUCGUCAUUAAUGAUUUGCUCAUUUUAUUGUAGAUAGAUAAUAAGUAUCAUGUUAUGAUUCAUUCAAAUCAAUAAUCCUCUAUUAUUACCUACAAAGUAUACGAAUAUAGUUUUUUCAGAUAAGAUUCUGUAACAGGACAAUAAGUCCGAAGAGAAUCUUUAACUUUUAAAGUCCAACCUCUUCAAAUUUUUUGUCAUGUUCUUUUUACGGCUGACCCAUUCCAUUGUCAAUGGGGUAUUUUCUAAGUUGCUAUAAAAAUAAUGUUCUACUUGCAUGCACCACGCCUUUUCUGAAAAACGAAAGAGAAGAGAGGAAGUGGUGUUAGCUUGCAGCGAUACAUGCUUCCACAAGCAUGUUCAUUUUUCACAUUACCAGUUGCAUGUGACAAGGAACUGGUGUGGCCAAGCUAUAUAAAUAUACUAUUACAGAAGUAAAUUCAUUUGGGUAUUGUGAAACUAAUGACCACCAUGUUUGAUUUCAUGGAGCAUAUUUGGUUCUCUGCAUGUUCUUUAAAACUAAUGUAUAUUGAAUAGUAUGAAUAACCAAAGAUUUGCAGCUGGGCCAGCGGGUCUGCGGGUUAUGCAGGUCGGCUUUCAGCGGGUUCAAAAUGUUAACCGCCCCAGGUUUUUCCUAGCAGACCUAGGCUCUUUCUGCUUUUCCACUCCUAGCUGCUGAAAGAUUGUUUUCAACAUUUACGAAUCCUUACAAUACUAUGUAAAAUUAAUGGCAAUUUUGACUGCGCCAAUAAUACUGGAAGAAGGGAAAUGCACCAAACAAGGUGAAUUGAAAGCUGCUAUACUUCUGCGAAGAUCACGCUAGACACGGUUGAACAGGCAAACAGAAAAUUGUGUUAGAAUGUCGAAGCAAAUUUCUCGAUUGAUUAAUAAUGGGCAUGUAUCUUACGAAAUUCUUUUCUAUUGGUGAGUCACUAAUUUAUACA